CGGCAUUUUUCUCAUUUUGUAUGGUGUAAACGACGAAAAAGUGAAUUAAAACGUGAAUCGCGAGUGUACGCCAAGUGGAACGCGAUACGCGAAAGCGUUGGGGCGCACGAUAGGCAGCGGACAAUCGUCGCGAAAGAAGAGUGCAAAUUUUCCAUCACCACCGAAUCGCGCUACUUGAUGCAUCAUCGCUGUCGGCAUCGAUUACAACGUUGCAUUUUCCCAAGCUCCGCAACUAUCGUUUUGCAGCGGUCUUUGAACCCUUCUCAUCAGCUGGCCAGGCACGCGGACACCGUGGUGUGGCGAGCGUAGGAAACCAGCGAAUAAAGGUUCACUCCGCACUUGGGUGUUGUGUUUUUGCGUUGUGUCAUCAGCGGAAGGCAAGCAGCAAGCAAUCGGGGAACUUCUUCGUAGUGAAAUCUGCCUCGAAAGAAAGUCACCUUUAGAAGGAAAGGAGCAUUUCGGCGAAUCAAAACUUCCUGAGUAGGAACCCGGGUCCCGGGUAAAAGCGAUGGCCGAUUUCAUCGAUUCAGAAGCAGAGGAGAGUGAGGAGGAGGAGGAGUUGGAACCACAUGAGCGCAAAAAGCUCAGGAAAAACAAGGCCGUUUCAGACAGCGAAGAUGAAGAAGAAGACGAUGAAGACCGAUUGCGUGAGGAGCUGAAGGAUCUGAUCGAUGAUAAUCCGAUCGAGGAGGAAAGCGACAAUGAUGAUUCGGACGAUGGAUCCGAAGGUGGUCAUCACAAGCGCAAGAAGAGCGACGACGAGCUGGACGAUCGGCUCGAGGACGAUGAUUAUGAGCUGAUCGAAGAGAAUCUUGGCGUCAAGGUGGAACGGAAACGUUUUAAGCGGUUGAAAAAGUUCACCAACGAUGAUGGCAGCGAUGGCGAAUCGGGCGAUGAAGGCAUGAUACGGGAAACGAUCGAAAAUCGGUUGUUCGAUGCGGCAUCCGACGAUGACGAAGAGCGGGCGUCGGAUCAUGAGGGUGGGCAGCGUGAUUCGAUGGCAAACGUGCGUGAACAUUACGACGAGGAAGAGGACGAAGAAUCGGAUGCAGACGACUUCAUCGUGGAUGACGACGGUGUGCCGAUUAGCGAUAAGCGCAAGAAGCGAAGGCACAUUUUUACCGAUGCUUCACUCCAGGAAGGGCAGGACAUCUUCGGUGUCGAUUUCGAUUACGAUGAGUUUGAGAAAUAUGACGACGAGUACGAGGAGGGCUCGGAAGCGGAGGAUGAGUAUGAGGAGGAGCAGCUAGAGCAGGUGGAUCGUCCCAGUGGAGAACGUGGCAAAAAGGCAAAGGCAAAGGGCAAACGAAUGCUGAAAAAAUCCAUCUAUGAAAUUUACGAACCGAGCGAACUGAAGCGCGGUCAUUUCACCGACAAUGAUAACGCGAUACGUAAGCUUGACGUGCCGGAGCGAAUGCAGCUGCGUGACGUACCUGUAACGGCGGUGCCCGAAGGUUCGAACGAGCUGGACGAGGAAGCGGAAUGGAUCUAUCAGCAGGCGUUCUGUAAGCCGCACGUUUCCGACCAGGGAACGGUAACGCGCAAACCACCCUCGAACGUGCCGAAAAUCAAACAUACGCUCGAUUUUAUGCGCAACCAACAUCUGGAGGUACCGUUCAUCGCGUUCUACCGGAAGGAGUACGUGCAGCCCGAUCUGAACAUUAACGAUCUGUGGAAGAUCUACAAGUACGACUCGAUGUGGUGUCAGCUGCUGGGACGCAAAUCUUCCCUGCAGCGGCUGUACGACAAUAUGCGCACAUACCAGCUCGACAAGCUGAUGGAAAAUCCGGACGCACCGAUACCGGAGGACAUGCGUGUAAUCCGGGACGAGGAUUUGGCUCGAUUGCGUUCGGUGCAAUCGCACGAAGAGCUGAAAGACGUGCAUCUACAUUUUCUGCUGUAUUAUGCGCAUGAUAUCGUACCGAUGAGGACGCGGCUAAGGGAAAAGUCACGCCAGCAGAAUCCAUCGGUACCGAAAAAAGUGCUCACCGUUAAGAAGAAAAUUCCGGAAGACGGAGAAGCGGAAGCGAACGAUGAUGAGGGUGACGAGAACGGUGAAGACGAUAAGGAGGAAGUGGAAGAAUAUGAAGAAAAGCAUAAAGGGCCGGAGCAAGAGGUAAUAGUCAGCGGCAGAGACGGCAAAGCAGAUCAGGCUGGAAAGGAACGCGUACGGCUGAACAUAGAUAUCGGACCGUACGAGAUUUGUCGGAAGCGUGGUCUUACUGGAUUGACGAAGCGGUUUGGUUUGACGCCAGAACAAUUCGCGGAGAACGUGCGGGAUAGCUAUCAGCGGCACGAGGUCGAGCAAGAAACGAAGGAACCGCUCGAGGUGGCCAAAGAGUAUAUGGGUACCACGUUCGAGUCACCGGAAGAGGUAUUGCAGGGCGGUGUGUUUAUGGUGGCGCGCCAACUCGCCCGUGAACCGCUGUUUCGGAAGUGCAUCCGCGAGCUGUACUUUGAGCGGGCCAAGCUCAAUGUGCGCCCGACCAAGAAGGGAAUGAAGGAGAUCGAUGAAACGCAUCCGUGCUACACGAUGAAGUAUCUGAAAGAGAAACCGGUGCGUGAUCUGACGGGCGAUCAGUACCUGAAGUUGUACAUCGCGAAGGAAGAUAAACUGUUGACGAUGGAGUUUGUGGACCGGAUCGAGGGUAACACUUCGGGUGACUUUCUCGAGGAGCUUAAGGCGCUAUACCACCGUGACGAGUUUGCGAAAAACGUGCAAGAGUGGAACAAGGUGCGGGCGGAGUGUGUGGUGCUAGCGGUUAACCGGAUGGUAAUACCGGAUUUGAAGCGCGAGCUGCACAACACGCUGCUGAGCGAAGCGAAGGACGCCGUGUUGCGCGUAUGCUGCCGAAAGCUGUACAACUGGAUCAAGGUGGCACCGUACCGGCCUCCCGUGCCAGACUUUGACGAUUACGAGUGGGAAACGACAAGGGGUGUCCGUGUGAUGGGUGUCGCUUACGUGCCCGAUUACACGCAGUCUGCGUUCGGGGCGAUCAUCGCACCGGACGGCGAAGUGACGGACUAUCUGCGCAUACCUCAUCUGCUGAAAAAGAAGAACGCAUACCGCGAGUCGGAAAAACAGUGCAAGGAGACGGAUCUGCGCACGAUCACGAAUUUCAUCCGCAGCAAAAAGCCGCACGUGAUCGUAAUCGGAGGCGAAUCGAAGGAUGCGUUGAUGGUACAGCAAGAUUUUGCCGAGUGCUUGAAACGGUUGCAAGAUGAAGAGCAGUUCCCGCAGAUAGCGGUCGAGAUCGUGGAUAACGAGCUGGCGAAGGUGUACGCUAACUCGAUCAAGGGCACGAAUGAUUUUAAGGAGUAUCCUCCGCUGCUGCGUCAAGCUAUAUCGAUCGCACGCCGUGUCCAGGACCCGCUGGUAGAGUUUUCGCAGCUGUGUAACUCGGACGAGGAAAUACUUUGUCUGCGCUAUCAUUCGCUACAGGAGCAGCUAACAAAGGAGGAAUUGCUGGAAAACAUUCAGCUCGAGUUUAUCAAUCGCACCAACGAGGUGGGCGUGGAUGUGAAUCUGGCUGUGCAGAAUCCACUGACGGCGAACUUGGUACAAUUUAUCUGUGGAUUGGGGCCGCGCAAGGGCCAAACCAUGCUAAAGCUACUGAAGCAGACAAAUUCACGGCUAGAGAACCGAACGCAGCUCGUUACGACGUGCCACAUGGGUCCGAAGGUGUUUAUUAACUGUUCCGGGUUUAUCAAGAUCGAUACAAAUUCGCUUGGUGACAGUACGGAAACGUACGUGGAGGUAUUGGACGGGUCACGUGUGCAUCCGGAAACGUACGAAUGGGCACGCAAGAUGGCCGUCGAUGCGCUGGAGUACGACGACGAGGAAGCCAAUCCGGCCGGUGCACUCGAAGAAAUUCUGGAAGCUCCCGAACGUCUAAAAGAUCUCGAUCUAGACGCGUUUGCUAUCGAGCUCGAUCGGCAGGGCUUCGGUAACAAGAGCAUCACGCUGUACGACAUCCGGGCGGAACUGAACUCGCGCUACAAAGACCUCCGUACACCGUUCCGCUCGGUAACGUCGGAGGAACUGUUCGAUUACCUCACGAAGGAAACGCCCGAGUCCUUGUACGUCGGCAAGAUGAUGCUGGCUACGGUGACCGGGUUCACCUACCGAAAGCCGCAAGGUGAGCAACUCGACCAAGCAAAUCCGGUGCGCAAUGACGAGACCGGAUUCUGGCAGUGUCCGUUCUGUAUGAAAACCGAAUUUCCCGAGCUGUCCGAGGUGUGGAAUCACUUCGAUGCUGGAGAAUGCCCGGGUCAGGCAACGGGUGUACGGGUACGCUUUGACAACGGGCUCAAUGGGUUCAUUCACAUCAAGAAUCUAUCGGACAAGCACGUGAAGAAUCCGGAAGAGCGUGUACAAAUCGGACAGACGGUGCACGUCCGCGUAACGAAGAUCGAUAUCGAGCGGUUUUCGUUGGAAUGUUCCUCGAAGAGCUCGGAUCUGUGCGAUCGAAAGCAGGAGUGGCGUCCGCGAAAGGAUACCUGCUACGAUCAGGAAACGGAAGAAGCAGACUCAAGAAAGGAGGCCGACUCGAAGAAGCAACAGGCACGGCAGCAAUACGUCAAGCGUGUUAUCGUGCAUCCAUCCUUCCACAACAUCUCAUACGCGGAGGCGCUGAAGUUGUUGGAAGGUUACGAUCAGGGCGAUGUGAUCGUACGACCGUCGAGCAAGGGUUCGGAUCAUCUGACGGCCACCUGGAAGGUAACGGACGAUAUCUACCAACACAUCGAUGUGCGCGAGGAGGGCAAGGAGAACGUGUUCAGCCUCGGUCAAACGCUGUGGAUCGGUAACGAUGAGUUUGAAGAUCUGGACGAAAUCAUCGCCCGGCACAUUACCCCGAUGGCGAUCUAUGUGCGCGAUUUGCUCAACUACAAGUACUACCGGGACACGGACGGUGGCUCGAAGGAAAAGGCGGAAGAAAUCAUCAAGUCGGAAAAGCAGAAAAAUCCCAACAAAAUCCACUACAUCAUUUCGGUGUCGAAAACAUACCCGGGACGGUUUCUGCUGUCGUAUUUGCCACGCAACAAGUUCCGCCACGAGUACGUGACGGUUACACCCGAUGGCUACCGGUUUCGGCAUCAAACGUUCGAUUCGGUCAAUUCGUUGCUCAAGUGGUUCAAGGAACACUUCCGCGACCCAAUACCGGUCGAUACGCCGAAGAGUACGCCCAAGGUUGGUGGAAUGUCGUCACGCACACCGUACGGCAGUACGCCCAAAUUUAGCGAUAUUAAUAGUGAAACAAUUGAGUCGGUCGCGAAAAAUAUGCCUCCGCAUAUGCUGAAUUCAUUGUCGGCCGCGGCACACCGCACGCCCCAUUAUUCCUUCACGCCACUCGAGUAUGGUUCGAGCAACUUUGUGACCACGCCCUACACUCCGAGCGGACAGACACCUUAUAUGACGCCGUACCAGCAAACGCCCCACUUCUCCCAAACGCCCCGUUACGGUACCUCGACACCAUCCCAGUACUCCAACAAAUCAUCCUACACCGGCAUACCGACCGGGCAUCCGCCACCUGCCGCCAGUCACCACGCGUACAAAUCGUCAUCCUCCGCACGUGGUAUGGGCGGUACUAGCAGUGCGGCCAGCAGUAGCAGUAGCGGCCUUAUGAUGAUGCAGCAACCGUCGCCGUACUCUAACAGCAGCGACCAUCACUACCGUUCGCAGUCCUCGUCCCAGCAGCAGAUGCACCAUUCGCGUAACAACGAGUACGACAGCUGGUCGAAAGCGACAGAUUCCUGGAGCAACCGAGGCGGUAGCAGCAUGAUGAAAAGCCACCAUGGUUCUUCGGAACGGAGUUCUAGCGGAUCGUAUCACCAUCAUCAUCAUGGCAGUGGUGGUGGCAGGUCCAGUGAUUCCGUGACGUCGUCCAAUUCGCACGACCACCGUAUGACACCGAGAUCAUCCUCCAAAUAUUCGGCGAGCCGAUCUCCGAUGCCGCCACCUUCACAACCACCACCCCAGUCAGCACCAUCCCAACCCGCCCAAACGACAUCAUCGAACUCGGCGUCAUUAACACUCGGCGAUGCAACGCCGCUGUGGGAUGAAUAAGACGUGAAUUGAGCCGACUGCACCUGCUCGUCAUCUUUCAUUACAGUAGGUUGAAAAGAAAACCUCUCGGUGGAACAAUCAUCAAUUGCAAUCAAACAAACCAUGCGUGUAAAGAGUGAUAAAAGCGGAACUAUAAAUUCAGGAACCGAUUGUGCGUACAGAUGAUAAAAGCGAUCUUCAACUAUAUACUACUAAUUUUUGUGUAACAAAUGGAGGGGGCCCGGGGUCCAACGAUUUGUAUAGUGGACUUUGGAUUCUUAAACAACGUUCGCCAUCACAUUGGAGAAGAUACCGGAAACAGUCCAAUACGCGCAGAGUUCAUCAAGGACAGCAACCAGACAACGAGACUGUUGGUUGGUCUGAUCAACUUUCGAUUGCGCCGCGAUCGGGUGCAGCUAGCUGUCGGUGUGCUCGCUAGAGAUAAAACAUUUUACAUUUUUACCAGCCCACAACACGACCCGAUACAGUGCUAAUGUUGAGCGUAUGGAAGAAAAAAUUUACUAACUGUAAUGCUCAUAACUGCAAACGCUUCAUCACGUGUUAUUUGCAUAUUGUCCCUAUAUUGUCCCGACGGUUCAACUGAUGGUAAAAAUUAAUGUUUCACGAUGAAGAUGCUGACGUUACUGAGCUGGGCAAGCGGCACAAGCGAUUGGCGUGUAGUAUUAGGCUUAAUAAUUCAAAAUCCCUUUCCUAGCGUUAAGGUCCUUAAUAAAAAUUAUAGACAUGUUUUUUAAACGGUACAC